AUGUUCAUCACUACGAAAAUUGCCGACUUGGUGCAGAUUGCACCCGAGGACUUUAGCAAAGAGAGUUUUGUCGCGAUUGAAGACAACAUCAACGCCAAAUAUGCAAACAAGGUGGGCAACAACAUCUUUGAACAGGCCCACGAAACCACCCAUCUAACAGCUGUCUUCGUUGAGUUUGAGAUGGUGGUCUUCAGGCCAUUCAAGCACGAAGUCAUUCUCGCACGCAUCACCCAUCAGACCGAGGAAGGCAUAUACCUUGGCAUGGACUUCUUUAACGACAUCUUUGUUCCCGCCGCGGAGCUGCCGGACAACUCAGAGUUGUGAGUACCAGUUCAUUUCCCCUGGUGUCUUUCUGGGACAUGCUAACAUCUCAUCCUAAGCGACACAACCGAGAAGGUCUGGGUAUGGAAGGAAGAGGGCCAGGAGCUGUACUUUGACAAUAACGAGAUGGUCCGCUUCCGAGUUAUCGGCGAGGAGUGGCACGACCAAACACCAACAGGCCCGGUGGAAGUCGACCAGACUGCAAACCAGCUCCUACCGCCAUAUAAGAUCACGGGUUCCAUGAAGGAAGGAGGACUGGGAUGCUGUCUGUGGUGGGAGUAGAAUGGCCC